AUGGCGCGGCAAUUUUAUGCUUGGAAACAAUAUCAACCCUCUGAAACCGCAGCGAUCAUCUUUGCUGUCAUUUUUGGCUUGUUACUCAUUGCACAUGUCUUUCAGGCGGCGCGGGCACGGAUAUGGUAUACAUGGCCCCUCAUUCUUUCGACGGCCAUCGAGUUCGUUGGAUACGUCCUGAGAGAAUGGUGCAUAAAAAACCCUCACGUAAUGGCGCCGUACAUCAUCAGCCAAGUGUUCAUCAUUCUCGCUCCUGCAUGUCUAGCGGCCAACUUAUACAUGUUUGUUGGACGCGCUAUGCUAUAUGUCGGGCCUGGUUACUCCAUAGUCAGGCCUUCGUGGAUCACCCCAACAUUCGUUACACUCGACGUCGUCUCAAUCGCGACACAGGGCAUGGGUUCCGCCUUUCUCUUCGGUAGUGAGACUAGCUUGGACAAGCUCAAGCGUGGAAGAAUGAUCCUCAUCCUUGGUUUGUUCAUCCAACUGGUCGCCUUUACAGUGUUCCUCUUCUUCGCAAUCUGGUUCGACCGUAAGACGACAGUUACGCUCCGAAACCAUGUCGCACGUCUUCGUCCUUUGAUGAAUUCGUUUUAUAUCAGCGGAGCCUUGAUUCUUCUCCGCUCCAUCUAUCGUGCAAUUGAGUUUAUCACGGUCGAUUUUACGAAACGCCCCGCUACGGGAUAUCUCUUCAACGUGGAGUGGACGUAUUACGUCCUGGACGCUCUACCGAUCACUCUCUCAAUUCUAAUUUAUAACAUCCUCUUCCCCGCAAACUACCUUCCCAAGAACAAAAAGGAAACGAUGGCUCAGGAGAAUGAUCAAGACGAGGUCAAGAUGGACGAAACACCCGCAUAG